GCAUUCACAAAACAAAUGACUCUACUAAUUUAAUGUAAAAACAAAAAAACUUCUACCAAUUAUUUUGCAGCUUGAUUGAAAAAUAAUUAAACAAUGUUUAAAAAUAUUGUUGUUGGUUUAUCUGGUGGUGUUGACAGUGCAGUUGCAACACUUCUUCUUAAACGUAAAGGUUUUAAUGUGACUGCUGUGUUUUUAAAAAAUUGGGAUACUGCUGAUGAAACUGGCAAGUGUUUAUCAGAUGAAGAAUACAAAGAUGCUCAAAGAAUUUGUCAAAAAUUAGAUGUACCAUUAUUACAAGUUGAUUUUGUCAAAGAUUAUUGGCACGAAGUAUUUACAUAUUUAAUUGAUAGCUAUGAAAAUGGAACAACACCAAAUCCAGAUAUAAUGUGUAAUAAAAAUAUUAAGUUUAAUAAAUUUUAUCAAUAUGCCAGAAAUAAUUUAAAAGCUGAUGCAAUUGCAACUGGACAUUAUGCAAAAUCAUCAUUCGGCUCGUAUUUAGAAAAUUAUAGUAUAAAUUCAAAAGUUAAGCUAUUAAAUGCUCGUGACAACACAAAAGACCAGACAUUUUUUCUAUCACAAGUCAAACAAGAACCACUUCAACGAUGUAUGUUUCCACUUGCUGAUUAUAAAAAAAUUGAUGUUAAAAAAAUAGCAACAGAUAAUGGCCUAGAUUUUAUUGCUAAAAAAGAUGAAAGUAUGGGAAUAUGUUUUAUUGGAAGUAGAUCAUUUCAAAAUUUUAUAUCAGAGUAUAUUGAAGAUAAUCCAGGUAAUUUUGUUGAUUAUGAUAGUGGAAAAAUUGUUGGUAAACAUAGGGGUUUUCAUUUUUGGACACUUGGACAAAGAUGUAAAAUAUCUGGUGCUCCAAAAGCAUAUUUUAUUUAUCGUAAAGAAAGCAGUACCAAUGAUAUUCUUGUGGUACAAGGAACUGAUCAUCCAGCAUUGUUUACUCGUUUGGUGAUGACAUCUGAGCCAUACUGGAUCAGUGAAGAACCAUGUGAAUUAAUUAACAAUGGAAUAUUAGAGUGUGAAUUUAAAUUUCAACAUUCACAUCCACCAGUACCAUGUAGAGUAUAUAAAUCUCUGAAUAAUCAUUUGGUCAUUCAACUGGCAAAAGCUAAACGUGCAAUAUCACCAGGACAAUUUGCUGUUUUGUAUUUAAAUAAUGAAUGUUUAGGAAGUGCUCCAAUAUUACAACCUGGUCCAUCAUUACAAAUGAUUGGUGAAACAAUUGACAAUGAUCUUGAUGAGUAUCUUGAUAUAGGAAUCAGAACAGCAAUGCGAUAAAUUAUUUAUUGCUUUUUUUUUUUAGCUUUGAUAUUUAAUUUACAAUCAAUUUUUAUUGUUGAUAAAAAAAAAUAUAUUUUACUCCAUUUUGCAUGUACAUCGUAGGUACCUGAAUUGUCGACUGAAAUUGCCACCAUCUUUCUAUAAAAAAAUAGAGAGAAAAUAUAUGUCAUGUGAUGAAAAAAUAAAUAAGUAAAUAAAUAAAUAUAAAAGUCAUACUAAUGACUAAUGAUAACAAGUCAAUAAAAAAAUAAAUAAAUACAGAAAUAACGUAUUCAAGUAAUUCUUCUAAUAUUAUCAAAGUGAAACAGAAUAAUUUAAAGUGACUAGUUUUAUUAAAGCAAUCAUCAAAGAGUUUAAUAAAUAAUACGUUGUUCAUCCAUUAUUAUUAUGACAAGAUAACAGAUAAAAACAAAUAAAAAAAAAACACCAAGAAUGUAUACAAAAAAAAAAUAUAUUUAGCUAAAAUAAUAAUAAAAGAAAAAAAAUCUUAAAACAAUGUCAAAUAAAAAUUUAUUAAAAUUCAUAAUAAAAUGUAAAAAAAAUAUAAAAAAUA